AUGGAUAAAAGAGGUUCAGUUGAUCGAGUAAUGUUAACAAAUUUCUGUCGAAGUCUCACUAAUGAUCUUUCCAUUCUAUUAGAUGCAGCUGCAAUUGCUCAGUUAAAUCAAAUGCAUGAAGUUAUCCAAGGUUGGAUGCGUGAAUACAAUUUUGAUCCGCAAGAUCCAUCAGUAAAAGUUCUUCUUGCUGGUCCUCGACCAGCUCGUGAGAAUUGUAUACAGACUACUUACUUCGAACGUCUUCUUGGUGAUGAACGAAAACGAAAUAUUAUUUACAUAGAAGAACUAUAUGGAGAGGAAAAAAGCAAAUCGAUUUUUGCCAGAUGGUUUUUAGAUGAAGAACUAAGUGUUAGCUUUUAUAAUGACAAAGAUCGAAUGCAUCGUGAUUUAUUGACAAGUGAAUAUGUGAAGCAGCAGAUCAAUCAGCUAAUUCCUUCAUAG